CCUCUUCAGUCAUCGAUUCACUUUUUACAUUUUACAUUUUUACAGUAAUGAGAGAAAUAAGUUUAGUUUAUUAUACGGUACUUUAGGCUUUCCCAUAUGUGAUCAUAGGUGUAUAAGGGAGUCGUCGAUCGAAGAGAAUGACGGAUAGCCAGCAGCAGUUCUGCUUAAGGUGGAACAACUUUCAGGCAAAUAUCACCAGCCAGUUCGAGGCCCUUCGCGAUGACGAGGAUUUCGUCGACGUUACCUUCGCCUGCGACGGCAGACGUCUUCAGGCCCACAAAGUCGUACUCUCCGCCUGCAGUCCUUACUUCAAGGAGCUGUUCAAGACAAAUCCAUGUAAACAUCCGAUAAUCUUCAUGAGGGAUGUCGAAUUUGAACAUCUGCAGUCGCUGCUGGAGUUCAUGUAUGCAGGAGAGGUAAAUAUCUCUCAAGCGGAACUGCCCACCUUUCUGCGCACCGCUGAAUCUCUUCAGAUCCGUGGCCUCACCGACUCUCAGAGUAAUCGACACAACAACGAAAAGCACUCAAAGACUAAUAAUAUCCAUGCGUCGAACGGCCGUGGCCUGAUCUCACCGAGCUUGGAUGAUGAGCGCAGUAAGAGUCCACCGGCAACGAGUCCUCCGCCGUUGAAAAGGCUGUGCAAACGAAGUGAUUCACCUCAAAACUCUAGUCCAAUACCUACGGUGCCGGCAGGCGCCACUUCCACGCAACGUUCUCGUCCGCCGAUCGAACCACACGUUCAGCUUGAUUAUAAAGAUCUCGAUAUUGUGGAGCCAAAAGUAGAAUUACCAGAAUAUGGCAGCGACGACGAUUGUUCUACAAAGCCCGAGAUCAAUGCAUUGCCGGGCGGUUUCCUCAGCUUGGACGGAGGCAUGGAGGUCCUCCCUACGUAUCCCUCGUCAUAUCAAGGAAGCGGAAUGGACGGAGGAAUGGCAGGACCCUCCCACGGGGCUGAGUUGAACCAGGAGCAACAGGUCGCCGUCGGUGCGGACGGAUCCUGCGGAGCAUCGGCCACCUCGGGAGGAUCAGGAUCUGGAGGCACGGGUCCAGGUGAUCCUUGGGGAGGAGGAGCCGAGGCUGCAUCCGGAACUUGGGACUCGCCUCGGCUCUGUCCGCUCUGCGCCCGCGUCUACAGCAACAACAGUAAUCUCCGAAGACAUCUGAGAUCGGCCCACGCGACGGCGACGGAUCUCUUGGAGUUGACGUCCCUGCAACGCAGGCCUCCACCACCGCCGCCGCCGCCACUCUCCCCCCCAACUUCCGUCGAUCAUAGGCCGACGACAAUCGCCACCGCCAAGACUGCGACAUCCGCAAUUCUCGAGCACCUGCAACCGGCCUCCAGCUUCCCUCUUAAUCCGAUUCAUCGUCAGUUGUACGGCGAUGUUCGGGGCACCUCGUAGUCUCCGCGAAAUUCACACUCGCUCGGAUAAGUCUAUGCUGGACUAUUUUUAAUCAGGACCGCGUCGCUCUUUCGCUCUAACAAGGUCCGGACGACGGUUUUCUUACCCAGCAAGAACCAUCUUGAAGUGUAAGAUUUCAAGCUCGAGUAUUGAGAAGUGCCUCGUUACGUACCGUCACUCUAUCUCAUUUGAAUAACGUGCAGCGUAGAAAAGUACAUUCGUUCCAAUGUCCAAAAUAAUCGCGAAGUACGGUUUGACAGUUGACUUUGGCUUCGUUUUGAUAUAAAUAACAACUGAUUUGCUUUUGUAAAUAUAAAAAUCUCGGUUUCGGUUUGCUGCUUUGAACUAAAGGUAUAAAGUGACCUGAUUUUGUUAGUAUUUGGUUUCUGGUUUCUCCAAUGUAACAAAGCCUGUUAUUUCCGAUGACAAUUCAAUUGGAUAAGUGGUAACGUUUUUUUUUUAUGCACGUAGUUUAAAUGGGAAAGAGUUAGAUACAGCAAAAUGUAUAAAUGCUUUAAUUUUUCGACUAACUUGUUUUGGUCUGAAACAAAGUGCGAGUUCAAUUCUGUACGAAUUGUGCAACGAUUACUGGCGCUGCAGCUGACGCGAGAGAAUGGGGUGCACGUAGGCUGCUACAAAUAAAAAAUAAUUGUUAUAGAAUAGUAUUCGCAUUUUGUUUUGGCCUGCAAAAAAGUUGGUCGAAACGUUAAGGCAUUUAUGCAUUUUACCGUACAUGGAAUAAGGAGGCACCUCUUAGAUCUGAACUAAAUAUUCUAUACUUUGACUGAAUAUUCUAUGUUGCCCUAAUCUGAAAUAGUCCAGUUUAUACUCUAGGCUAGUAAUGUCGCGAUUACCUGCUGCAGGUAACGUCGGAGUUUACCUAUCGAGCGAGCAAAUCGUAUGUUAUACUUUUUUAUCUCCUGAGUAACGGAAUGGUUUUAAACCUCGAGAAAUUAUUAAAAAGCAGACUUUCACUUAGUUUGAGGUUAUGACACGCUAUUGUAGAUAACGGAAUCCCAUGUUUUUGGUAAUUUAUCAUUAUUCUCAGAGUGUUUCUAGUGACGACGCGAACUCCGUCAUUCUUCAAAGUUUGAAACGAUAUAAAAUAUUUUAUUGUUUUAGAGGAGAAAAAAAGUUACAAUUCAAUUUAAUCAAGUUUCGAUGAAGCUUCAAUAGUAGUUCCGUCAUUCCCUUACAAUAUCAAAUGUAUUUAUCAGGUUUCUCAAUUAUUUUCCCUAUUCACCAUGUAAUAAGUUUCUUCUAGGUUCGCUUUCUUCAAAAUGAUUUUGGUGAAAAUCAUAACGGGCACAUAAUUUGCAACAAUCUCAUACAGAUUUUAUUCAUCAAUUGUAGAAUAUCAAUCAAUUUCCGUAGGAUUCGUUCAGGGUGUUUUUAGUUUUUCGUUAGCAUAGAAAGGACCAAUAUAUCAGAACGGGUAAUAAAUGUUUAACCAAGCCUUCGCGGAUCUUGUACGACAACGUUUUAUGUCGCUUGAUUUUCGGGACGAUGUUCAUCGGCGUUCCAAAUCUAGAUUUGUGCAGCCACAGGACACGGGAUCGAUGGUCUGAGCUCUCGGGGUUUUAUGUAUCGCGAUAGGAUGAGACGGAAUUGAAUUUAUAGGCAGUUACGGAGGAGAGGAAUGUAAUACGACGUGACUUUUUUUCGAUCUAUGUAUAUGCGAAAAGACAGCGUUCAACAUCCCUGGAUUCACACGCGGCUAUGUUUUCUUUUGUGCGAUACUUUUAUUCGUCGUCUGAAACGCGAGAAGAAUCCGGAAACAAUUUGUACUCAAUCCGAUACUCUUUCCGAAAUUUGAUCAAGUUCAUAAUUAUUUGCUAUCUGUAAUAAUUAUUUUUACACACAACAUUUAAAUGCGUCGUUUGAAAGAAGAAAAAAGAUAUCGCUCAACAACGUGUCACAUAUAAAACUAGCGUUAAUAUUUGAAAAAAAAUUUAACCGCAGAAAAAGCUUUAAAAAGCUAAAUAAAAUUUUGCCAACGAAGCAUCGUAGAGAAGCACCUACGAAAGAAAUAAAUUCUUGUUUCAUCCUUGUGCGAAUGAGCAAAGCGAUCGCAAGUUUCUGUCUUGAAUGUGUUUCAGAGAAUGUUUAAACGAUAGAUAAUUAUUUAAACGUUUGCGGUGCAAGCUCAAGCUUUAACCCAAUUCUCAUCUAAAUUCUCGACGAGGUUCCUCCGCUUUUUGCAAAUCGCUUUGUGCGGAUUGUGCAGCUCGUAGAUACGCGCACACACUGCCUGUAUUUGCUUGCGGAUUACGCGACGACUCUACGGGCAAGUUGGUGCAUGAAAAUGGAAAUAUUCUACCGAGAUAAAGUUUCAAGCUCAAUAUCCAGGGCUGACGAGUUGCUGACGGAGUUUCGGGUUUACAGGGAAAACUUGAUUAAAGGUUGCCGCAUCGUUUUUAGCCCGAGCAAGGGUAGAUUUGCUUUCUUCCACCGACGCUGCCUCGAAAUGGGCGGAUUAGUCGUGGUUGCGAACAGUGUUCAGAAGUAUCUAGUUUCCAAAUUUCAUCGAUACCUCUUCUCAAUUUCACAAGAAUUCCAAUUUUCAAGUAUCCGAAACAAAUACAUAAUACGUAAUAUGUACCAAAGCGUAAAAAAAAAAAAAUACAACACAAUACAGUACAAAUUAAUCUACAGAAUUUAUAAUGAUUUCUUACAAUGUUCGGUAAGAUUUUCAAAAAUAAUUGCUAAGCUUUGUACUUUAUCGUCGUCGCAAACUGCAACUUGUGAUUUGAUUUUUAGCCCGCUUGACGUGUGUUGGAAUACUUGAAAUGACAGGAAAAAAAAAGAAGAAACGAAUCAAACGAAACCUAUCGUUACAUGCACCAAUGUACGUACACCACGUUUUUUGUGUGACACGUGACGUUAUUGUAAAAAUUUUACGACAGCUUUUACAAGCAGGCUCGUUUCGAAAAUCAAGUUUUUAAAAAAUUGUCCAACGUAUCAGCGAGCCGCUUUCUAAAUUUUUUCCCAUAUUUGUAUCGGUUCUCUGUAAAAUUGAUAAAAACUAUCAUUGUACACAGAUAACCUUAUUUUCAUUCAAAUUUUGCCAACAUAUUUCUAACCUUCGUCAAUGUGAAAAUUCUCACCAUUUUUUAGGAGACAUUAUUAGCAUUGUUGAAGACUUAUGCUUCGAUAAAAUCUACCAAUUAACCUAAUUCCAGGGUGUCAAGCACUCUCGAGGUUUUAUUACUUUUGCGUUACUUCCUAAACCCAAUCUGUACGUUAAUGUAUGACCACGAGGUACUAAAACAAACCAAUGCAUUACAGUAUUUCACCGCAUAUAGUGUAUUAUAAACAUGCAAUUAAUAGACUUGUAUUAUCUGUGUGUACAUUGUUGUAAUGUGUACAUAUUUCGGAUUAUGUCACGAACGAAUGAACGGACGGAUGUAUGAAUAACCGAAUAAACGAAUAAAUAAUUGUGUUUAA